AUGUGCGGAGACACCCAUCGCCCAGCGUGCGGUGGCACCAUCGCUAUGGUGUCCCCCAUCGAAAACAAAAUUUCCUCAAACACAUCGGAGUCUUCAUUCUCUUCAUCGCCAGACUCGGUCACAUCUUCCGCUUCCACCAUGUCCUCAUAUUCGUUAUUUUUCCGAGAUGCAGAGACAGACAGUCACAAAACCAAGGCCAUUUUUCGAAUAGACGAUGCAGAGACCUACAAUACACUGCGUGCAUGUCACCAGGUGAAUAUGCGUAUUGAACAAUACGGCGACCUCUCCACAACCAAGCCUACUACGCGUCCCUUACAUGAAUUCCGGCUCGAUUUGGGUAAACAAGCUCCCCGAGAAUUCCAGAGAGAUGUGGAACUCGAGUUGCCUAUAAGGCUGGACCUAGGCGUCUCCGAGAAAGGAGUCGUGGGGCGACAGGUUACCAUGAGCGAACCCGACGGAACUGUUCUGGGUGUUGGUAUCGUGGGAUACAACUGA